GCCCACGGCAUCAAGGUCAAGAGCGGGAGCUGCCGGGCGGCGGCGGGGAAGCAGCAUCCGACGGCGGCCGGGGAGGGCAAGGUUUUUGGAAUAUCUCUUCAUGCUUUACCUCAGUCACUUGUGCCAGAAUAUGGAACUAUUCCAAACUUUCUUCUUGAUGCUUGCAAACAUUUAGAAGAGCAUAUUCACACUGAAGGACUCUUCAGAAAAUCUGGGGCUGUUGUUCGUUUAAAAACAUUAAAGAGUAAACUGGAUCAAGGUGAAAACUGUCUCUCUGCUGCAUUGCCAUAUGAUAUUGCAGGGCUGCUUAAACAGUUCUUUAGGGAGUUGCCAGAGCCCAUCCUUCCCUCUCAUCUUCAAGAAGCUCUUUUAAAGGCUCAGCAGCUAGGAGAGGAGAAGAAAACUGUUACAAUGUUGCUUUCCUGCCUGUUCCCUGACAAAACAAUUGAUACUUUGCGGUACUUUUUCAACUUCCUCAGAAAUGUGUCCCUGAGAUCCAAUGAGAAUAAAAUGGAUAGCAGUAACCUGGCAGUGAUUUUUGCUCCGAAUCUCUUGCACUCAAGUAAUGAUGAAAAGAUGUCAGUCAGCACAGAAAAAAAGCUUCGUUUGCAGGCCUCUGUUGUGCAGACACUUAUUGAUCAUGCAGGUGAUAUAGGUCAAGUACCAGAGUUUAUCCUGGAAAAGGUACCAGCCAUGUUGGGUAUUGAUGGCUUGGGUUCUACUCCUUCACUGAAGGGCUACGAAGAAAGUGAAUCUCCUGGUGAAUGGAAAAGGAAGAGACGGCAAAGUGUUGGAGAUAUUGUUAGUGGAGCAUUGAAUAAACUAAAAUCUAACAGAACACCCUCCACUACACCUCAGCGAGACACAAGUGUCCUUCCAUCAGUGACUCCAGUGAUUCUCACUCCAAGCACUAAGCGUAAGCUUCCAAAUGAUUCUUCUCAGGGCUUUUCCAGCAAAAAAAGACGGUCUCUCAAGCAUAGUUUUGGUUUUGAAUUGCUACCAAGUAGUCUUUUUAACAGUGGCUCAACACCAGCAUCAGUUCAAUAUGAAGCAAGUCCUUGUGUGUCUCGGUCAUCUCAGGCUUUGUUGUCUCCAUCAGUCAGCAGUGAAAAGCAUCUGUCUAGCACAGGAAACAGGAGAAGCAAAAGAAUUGCAUGCAAAAAAAUAUGCAGGGCCGAAUCAGGAAAAACUGGCUGUUUCUCUCCAAAGAUUAGCCGAAAAGAAAUGGUUCGCAGAUCGUUACGUUUGAAGUUCAGUCUGGGAAAAAGCAACAAAGAUGUAAUGAAUGUUGCAAGUGGAUGUCCAGCUGUACACAGGUCUGAAAACAUUGGCCGGCGACUUGCAAAUCAACAAGAUCUGGAAAACAGAGUUGAAGAUUCAAAGUCAGAAUUGCACUUUACCCCAGGUGUUAGUGAAAAAUUUACAAAGAAAGGUUCAAAAAAUAUCAGCAAAUCUGAGGAAAACUUGCUAACGCCAAAAUGUCAUGAUAAAGUAAGUUAUCGAAUGUCAUGGAAUGGACCCAGUAAUGCAGGUUCUCAGGGGACCAGCAACAGAGAGACAAAUCUGAUGGGAUAUCUUGAAGCGGAGACCUGUUCUUCAGAACCUGUUCUUGUAAUUGGAAAGCCACCUGUUAUUCCAGAUGAUUUGAGAUCUACUAUUGUAAAUAAGCAAGAUGUCAGUCUAAGAGAAUUUUCACUUUGUGAAGAUGAGAACUUGACUACAGAAACAUUACUGAAGAUUAAGAAAGCAUUUUCUGACUCUGGAAGUAAUCUUCACAAUCUGAUAGCAGAUACAAAGUCUUCACUAUUGGAACUAACAGAAGAAAAGCUAAAUGAAACUCCUCGUCUCACAGGGUUCAGUCCAGUGAAAGAACAGUUAGCUGAAGUUUCAAAAAAUCUGGCAGUUGCAGAAUCAAAGGAUAAGUUUGAUCAAUUAAUUGAUCAGUCUUCUGCCACUGGCUGUCAUCAACUGAGGAAGGAUGAAAUCAGAGCUGUAGAGAACUUUUUCCAAAACCCUGUUGAGUUUGAGCUUCAGACUCAGAAAUUGGACACAGAAAAUGUGCCAGAACUUACUAUGCCUCAGGUAAUGACUAGUGAGGGCAAGCUGAAUUUUCAGGAAAGCCUCUCCAAAGAUAACUUAAAUUCACUUGGAAGAAAAGAAGGGGGAGUAGAAUUGGAGCAGUCAAAAAUAUUGGAAGGCUAUGAGCUUAAAUACUGUAAUUCAGAGACAGAAAGUGUGAAAUCUAUUGCUGGGGUACAAAUUCCUGCUUCACAGUUCCUAGGGUCCAGAAAUAAAACUGGAGAACACAGUGGAGAGACUAGAAGUUAUGAUAAAACUACACCAAAAACUUUACCUGCUUCUGAUCUUGGGAGGGUUUCUGACCACAUACAAUGGUUCAAUAAGCUUUGUUUAAAUGAUCCAUGUUCUGCAAGCAAAGCUAAACCGCCCCUCAAGUUUCAACGUACUCCUGUCCGCCAGUCUGUAAGAAGAAUGAACUCCCUAUUGGAGGCCAGCAGACGGUCUGUAAAUUGUAAAUUGGCAAAACCUAGUGAUGCUUAUUCUCCACUUGCUAAAUCAGUGAGCUAUGAUUCUGCACUGUUCUCCUGUCUAAAAGAGUCCUCAAAGAAUUCCACAACAUCAUCCAGUUGUGAAACUGUACAUCAAGUCCUCAUGUCAUAUAAAGAGAUGGAUUUAAUUCCCAAAUCUCAUUCCAAACCAUUAAAUCCAGUAGAGAAGGAUGAUGUUUCUGUGAGAAUUGUUAGAAGCUGCAAACAGAAAGUGACUGUUUUAGAAGACCUAACUAAUCAUGAAGUGUCAAAAGCUGCUGUUAAACUGAGUACAAAUACAAACAUUAUUGGUGCUACAUCAGAUAAAAAUAUCCUUACAAAAAGUGCUACUGGAAAGGCUCGGUACAGGGGAUCUCCAAAGAAUCCAAUAUCAAAAGCUAAACUUCUUCCAUCUACUAAACCUGUAGACUUAUAGGUUUUAAAAAUUGGCAGUUGAAUUGGUUAACUAGAAUUUCUGUAAUAUUCUUUGGGAAAACUAAGUAUAGAUGAGCUUUAGCUCUGAAUUCUUUUGUAUAAUGGGAUUUUUAAUUGUAAUUGUUUUAAUUUGGUGUAUGUUUAGAUUUGUACAGAUGUCAUUAAUUGUAUAUCAAUAUGAUUUUCCAUUUACUGUAACUUUAUGACUACUAGUUGUCUGCUAUUUUCAAUUGACUGGAUUCUGAAAAACAAAAAUCUAGCUUAAUUUCUAAACACUUUAAGUUGUAAUUGUUCAUGGAAGGCCAUCUCAAACCGUGUGGGAUGCAUCCUUUUAGAAGUAGGCAAACUAAUUCUUGCAGUGUCUUGACAAGUGUAGUAUUUUAUUUUAAGAAACAAUUGCCAGAAGUUUUUAAAAACCAAAACCAAUGCACACACAAGAAAAUGGCUCACUGCUAUCUAUCAGGAUGUGUAAAACUCAUUUAUUAUUGCUACUUUUAUUUCUUUAUAUGUAUAUAUUUUUUUUAACACUACAGUGACUAAAUGGCAGUAGUCUAGCUUCAGCAUUGACCUAGACUUCUCUACAGCUCUGAUUUUACUGUGUGGCUUUUUUCAAUAGGUAGAUAAAUCUCUGUCCUCACAGUCGGGUUUCUGUGUACAUACCAGUUGCAUCUAUCUGUGCAUGUGCACAUGAGAGAAGUAGUUGAGUAUAUAGGAAAUAAAUAAGCAGAAUAUGGGCUUAAUAUUGUACCCCUGAAAACACGGAUGUAUCUGUUUUGUGCCUGUUACCUUCAGUUUCUGUCAGUGGUAAAGUAAGGUUUUAUGUUACUAGAUAAUAUGCUGGUCUUAACUUAUUUUUCUAGAGCAAAGAAAUGUAGCUGAUCAUAUGAUACAAAAGUAGAUUUAAGACAAUGUCACUGAAAUAAUGAGACAAAUGUAAAAAGCCAUACUGUGUUUAAAACUUCAUUUGCACAAACAAAUGUUUACAUCUGUCUUAGAAUUUAAAUUGUUUACAUGUUAUCCAUUGUAAAAUUAUUUAAGACUAAAAAUCUUGAAUUAUGACAGUUACUUUCUAUGUAUACAGCUUGCUUGUUGGCAGGAUUUAAGAGCUGAAAUCAUUGCAUAUGUACUUUCUUUUAGUAUAAGUUUGCUCAUCCUAUUUGGGUUUUGUAAAUGUUCUCUCUACAGUGCUUUUAUACCUUGCAGCACUAAUCUCUAUUUUUGUGUAGGUAAAUGAUCAAUGACUGCUGGAAUUCAGAUUUUUGCUGUUUGUAAGAGAUUGCCAACUCCAACACUUUCACCAACCCUCUGAAACUACCAGAAAAUAAAAAUCCCCUUCUUCUAAUUCUUCAUACUCCCCAAAAGCAAGAUCAGAGAGGUUCUU